AUGGGCGAGCGAAAAGGACAAAACUUUUACUAUCCGCCCGAUUUCAACUACAAAACGCACAAAUCGCUGAAUGGAUACCAUGGAACACAUGCGCUUCGCGAGAGAGCCAAAAAAAUUGAUCAAGGCAUUCUGGUCAUCAGGUAAAUUUGGAAAACAUUGAAAAAAAGUGCAAAAAAAAAUGUGCGUGGUUUCAGAUUCGAGAUGCCGUUCAACAUCUGGUGUCUGGGAUGCCACAACCACGUGGGAAUGGGCGUGCGGUACAAUGCGGAGAAGAAGAAGUGCGGAAUGUACUACACGACGCCGUUGUACGAGUUUCGCAUGAAAUGUCACCUUUGCGACAAUUACUACGUGAUUCGCACUGAUCCAAAGGUACUGGGGCCCAAAUUUCCUUUAAAUUCAUAUGAAUAGACUAGAACUUGAGAAAGGAGCAAAUUACAGCCCCUGAAACUUUUAUUAUUUCAGAACUUUGACUACGAGCUCGUGGAAGGAUGCUCCCGUCAGGAGCUCCGAUUCGAUCCGUCGGAAAUCCAGCAAGUGGCGCCGGUCGACAGGGGAUUCGCGCAGAAGCUGGCCGCCGACGCCAUGUUCAAGAAGGAGCACGAGGCGGGCGAUCGGGAGAAGGCCGCCGGCGAGGAGGGACGGGUCGACAAGCUCGAGUGGAUUCAGGAGCGGAUGAGAGACGACUUCUCCGCAAACUCGUUCCUCAGGGCACAGUUUAGGGUUAGUCGAAUUGUUAUAGAUCGUCAGGACUGGGCAACAAUCCAGUCAUGGCUUUCCGAAGGCUAUGAACCUUUGCUCCAUUUGCAUUCUUCUUGGACUUUGACAGAAGUAUUUGGGUUUAAGGUUCAAGCCGAUCGGAUUGUCUGGUCCCGUGGUCUCAGUCUUGAACCCAAUAUACUUCAAUCGAAGUCCAAAAAGUCGCGAGAAAAUUGAGUUCCCGUCUUUCAGAACGAGAAAAAGUCGCUGAACGAAUCGCGGGUGCGUGACGCGAGUCUCCGCGAGAAGCUCUCGAUAGGAACGACCCGAUUGCUGCCGGAGAGCGAGGAGGAUCGGAAGGUGGCGUCCAUGAUCACACGGUACAAGGACGCGAAGAGUAAGUCAUGAUGGCCUGGCCCCUAGAAAUUCCUCUUCCAACGCAUCAUUUUUGAGGCCAGGACGAUAAACUGGCGUCGAGCCGCGAUCGCAUCGAUUCGCGGCGGAUUUUCGAGAAUCGACGUGGAGGAGAAAUCGUCGAAGCGACGUCAUCUGAAUCGUCUUCUGGUGCAUCUUCUUCUGGAGGCGUGACGCCUUCCGAACGUCUGAAGGCGACAAUCCGGGCGGAACGCGACAAACGGAUCAAUGCCACGUUCGACACGACGACGUCUUCUGGAGCCGCCAACGCGCUGGGCAUUAAACGGAAAUCCACGUUGGGCAUUGUGAUUCGACCCAAAAAAGCGGCAGACAACGUGGAUGACGUAGAAAAAAGUCCGAAAGUUUCGAAGGGUCCAACUCCAUCGGCAGUUUCCCUAAUCGCUGCACAAUACGGAAGUUCGGACGACUCGGAUUAA